CCAGGUCUUCGAAGGGCUAUGCGGAAGCCGCAUGGUCGUAUUCGUAAUCAGCAUGGUCGAUAACCUAUAACCCACUAGAUUCCGAGCAAAAAGCGUUUAAUCACUUCGUGGGGUUCCCUCGUAAGAAAAAUCUUCAAUAAACUCACUUUUUGAUGAAAGUUUGUAGUACUAUAAGAAACAAAACCUAAAAUUUGAUUUUAAAACAAUUAGUUUUUCACGUUUUCUGAGGCAAAUCAAGGCUAACAUUUUCAGCUGUAAUUCGAAGUAUCAUGAAACACAAAAUAUUGUGUUUGUCUUGCAUUAAAAGUUAUAUUGAUAUUAAAAAAACUCUACUGUACUCUUGAAUUUCUCACUUUUAUUUUCCAGAGGACAAGUAUAAUAACGCAGAAAAUGUUUUAUCAAAAGUGUAGUUUUAAUUUUAAAAAUUAGUUAGGAUAUGUUUGUAUUUGAUUAGAAGCAUUUCAUUCACUCUACAAUGAACUUAUCUAGUACACUUAAUGAAUAGUUAUUAUUUGGAAAUAAAACGACGAAUGUAAUUAUCGUUAUUAGUAAAAAGAGUAUUUAAUUUAAUUUUUUAAAGAGUAUGAAUUUUUGUUAAAUAAUUUAAUAUUUAUUAUAAUCAUUCUUUUAGAAAAAAUAUUAAUAGUUAAAUAUAAUGGUUGACAUACAAAAGAUGAAUGUUGUUACCUUUCAGCAACAAUCGAUACAUCAACCAUCAAUUAAUUGUCAGUCACAAUCACAACGAUCAUUGAUCGAUUUAACAAGACGAAAUACAAUGUCCGAUAUCUCAUUGGGCAGUGGUCAUACAAAAGGUACAGAUUCAAGUGGUUAUGGUUCAAAUAAUGGUAGUGGUAAUCGAACAUGUUUAAUUGUUAAUUAUUUACCGCAAUCCGUUAAAGAACAACAAUUUCGGCAAAUGUUUUCACAAAUUGGACGAUUAAGAUAUUGUCGAUUAAUGUUUGAUCGCGGCACUGGUUAUAGUUAUGGAUAUGGUUUUAUCGAUUAUUUUAAAACAGAAGAUGCAUCAAAAGCAAUCGAUACAUUGAAUGGAUUGAAAAUGGAACAUAAAACAAUCAAAGUUUCAUAUGCUAGACCAAAAUGUGAAGAAACACGUGGGACAAAUCUGUAUAUCAGAAAUUUACCAGAUAAAUAUGAUGAAAAUGAAUUAUGUGAAUUAUUUAUCCCAUAUGGUGAUAUUAUACAAGCACGUGUCAUACGAGAUCACUCAACAGAAUCUCCAAGAGGCAUCGCUUUUGUUAUUAUGGGUACAAGAUCCCAAGCACAAUCAGCUGUCGAAGCAUUAAAUGGAGUGCAAAUAAUUGAAGGACAACGACCUCUCCUUGUUAAAUUUGCUGAUGAUGAUAAAAGACGACAAUUGAUGGCACGUUAUCUACCACAAUCGAUCAAUUUAUCAUCGGGCAUUGAUGGAAUAAAAAUGAUGGAUUCAUCAAAUAGUGACGAUGUUUUGAAUCAAACCACUACCGCAAAUCUUGCUGCACAAAUGGCUAAUCUUAGCCUUAGUGGUAGUAUUAAUGGUGGUGGAGAACAACACCAACAGUCACAAGAUGUUAAUAAUUUAUUGAUGAACGCUCUGCUUAUGAUGCCGUUUUGGUCCAAUAUGUGUUCGACAUUGCCGUUACCCGUAUUUCCCAUGUAUCCCAAGCCACCGCAAACAGCGUCGAAUACAACAACUGAUCAUAUACAGAGUUCGAAUGAGUAUGUCACAACAUCCCAUUCAUCGCAUAAAUCAUUGAGUCGAUCGAUAUCACGUGAGAGUUGUUCGUACGGAAAUCAAACAACAAUAUCAAAUGAUUCAUCGAUACCUACCAAUGUUAUUGAUACGGCUACUGGUGGUUAUGUUGUGUUUGUUUAUGGUAUCGGACCAGAUACAACGGCAGAUGAAGUGAACGCUUUAUUCACUGGUUACGGAGAAAUUAUUCGAACAGACGUUAUCAAAAAUAAACACACUGGUGUUGGAAAAGGAUACGGAUUUGUUAUUUUACGAUUAAUAAAUGAUGCAUUAAAUGCCAUAAAAGCAUUACAUAAUGCACCGUUUAAAGGACGAUUUUUACAAGUUCGAUUCAGAGUGUGA